GCGGCCUAUCCGCGCAUGUCGUCGUAUGGGGUCACAUCCCAGAUCCCCAAUUCCCACCGCUGCGGCUACCCCGCACGCGAUUUCGUAUGCGGACACCGUCCUCAUCAUCUUCGCGCACCACCACUUAAACCCCUAUCCCCAAACCCCGCCACCAUCGCUGCCUCCUCCUCCUCCAUGGAAGGUGGAAAAUCACAAAGUCCCAUCAAAUCGGUGGCCAUUGUUGGCGCUGGAGUUAGUGGGCUCGCUGCCGCGUAUAAGCUGAAGUCAAAUGGCGUGAGGGUCACCGUCUUCGAAGCUGAAGAAAGAGCUGGAGGAAAAAUAAGGACCAAUUCUGAGAAUGGUUUUAUAUGGGAUGAAGGGGCAAAUACAAUGACAGAAAGUGAAAUGGAGGUCGGAAGAUUGAUCGAUGACCUUGGCCUUCGAGACAAGCAACAGCUUCCUAUUGCUCAGAACAAGCGUUAUAUAGUGAGGAACGGAAUGCCACAGCUGAUUCCAUCAAAUCCCAUUGCACUGAUCACGAGCAGCAUCCUUUCUCCCAAAUCAAAGCUGAAGUUACUCAUGGAACCAUUUCUGUGGAAGCAAUCAGGCACAAUGAGCUCUGCAGAAGUGUUCGAUGAAUCAUCACAUGAAAGUGUGAGGAAGUUCUUUCAACGUCACUUCGGAAAAGAGGUUGUCGAUUAUCUUGUUGAUCCUUUUGUGGCUGGAACCAGUGCUGGAGAUCCAGAAUCAUUAUCCAUGCGGCAUGCAUUUCCAGAGCUAUGGGAUCUAGAGAAAAGAAACUCCAUCUCUCUGGCCUCUGCCGCUGGGCCUCCUAAUGCACUUAUUGCGGCCCGCCAAAGCAGAAGUGUGAGAAGCUGUGGGGUUCCAAACGGCCCACUUGGCCAGGCCGUGCGGUUUGGUUUAGUAGAAGCUGGACCAAACGUCCCCAUUAUGUGGUAUGGUUCUGUCAUCGUUGGGGCCAUACGAGCUAAAAAAUCAGCUAAAAGCAACGACAAGACGGCAGGAAGUUCUUCUCCAGGGAAGAAAAGAAACCAACGUGCUUCAUUUUCAUUUCAUGGUGGGAUGCAGACGCUCACGGACACACUAUAUAAGGAAAUCGGAGGUGAUAGUUUAAAGUUGAGUUCAAAAGUUCUGUCGUUAUCGUGCAAGUAUGAUGAAAGCUCUCCAUCUAGUAGCUGGGCAAUUUCUCUUGGUGCAAAAGAUGCCAAUAGUAAAGAUCUAGCCAGUCAAUCAUUUGAUGCGGUUAUAAUGACAGCUCCGCUUUCUAAUGUUCAGGAAAUGAAAUUCACAAAUCGUGGAAAUCCUUUUGUGCUAGACUUUCUUCCUAAGGUCAAUUAUCUGCCUUUAUCCGUCCUCAUUACCGCUUUCAAAAAGGAAAAUGUUAGAAGACCUCUGGAGGGAUUUGGAGUUCUAGUGCCCUCUAAGGAACAAGAAAAUGGUUUGAAAACCCUCGGUACUCUUUUUUCUUCAAUGAUGUUUCCUGAUCGAGCUCCCAGCGAUCAGUAUCUAUACACGACAUUUCUCGGGGGAAGCCGAAAUAGGGAACUAGCACGAGCUCCAUUGGAUGUGCUGAAACAAAUUGUGACCGAUGAUCUUAAAAAGCUGUUGGGCGUGGAGGGACAACCAACUUUUGUGAAGCAUGUCUAUUGGAAAAGUGCUUUUCCGUUGUAUGGCCAGAACUAUGAUUUAGUUUUGGAAGCUAUAGAAAAGAUGGAGAAAAAUCUUCCAGGGUUCUUCUAUGCAGGUAAUCACAGGGGAGGAUUAUCUGUCGGAAAGGCUAUGACUUCGGGAUUGAAAGCAGCCGACCUUGUAAUCGCGUAUCUCGGAUCAUGUACUGAGGAAGAUGCUUGAUAUCACAUGGUGGUGGGGAAGUGAGUUUCAUUUCAAUCAUAACAUGUUAUUAGUUUUUCAUCUGUUUAUGGUCUUUUUUGAGUGUGCUAAAUUCAUGUCUCCCUUGUGUGGAACAUCAAAGGGAAAGGUAAAGAUUAGUAAGUCUUAUUGAGGGUCUACAGAGUGUAUGGUUUCGAGGACAAAAUUCUUGGUUUAUGAAUUUUGUGUCAGCUUUUGUGAAGAUAUCUGGUUGUCAGAUGAUUGUCAGAAAAGAAAAAUAACAGGCAAUGUUCAACUGGCAAGUUCAUUUAAA